AUGCCCAGUCAAUUUCGCAUUAAGUAUCCCAAUACACGUAUUAUCAUUGAUUGUACAGAAAUUUUUAUACAAAGACCUUCAAGUCUCACAUCACAAACGUCGACUUUUUCAAAUUAUAAGCACCAUAAUACGAUGAAAUUUUUAGUCGGUAUAACACCAUCAGGUGUAAUUUCUUUUGUUUCUGAAGGGUGGGGAGGACGUGUGUCAGAUCGACAGAUAACUGAAGAGUCUGGUCUUUUAGACAUGUUAGAUACAGGGGAUUCUGUAAUGGCAGACAAGGGUUUUACUAUCACUGACCUAUUAAGUAAGAAAGGAUGUUCUUUGAACAUACCACCUUUUAGAGGACAAAGUCAUCAAUUUUCAGUAGAGGAUGUUCAUCUGACUCAAGAAAUUGCUCAACUGAGAAUACAUGUUGAGCGCAGCAUUGGGCGGGUUAAAAACUUUCAUAUUUUUGAUGGAGUUUUACCUUUGUCUAUGUCACCCAUUGCUAGUAAAGUGUUUCAAGUUUGUUGCUGGCUUACAAAUUUUGAUGUACCCCUUGUAGAAGACAAUAAACUGUUUUUCUUUCAUAGUUCAUGCAAAAAAUGA